AUGCAGGCCGUCAUGGCUCAACCCCCACAAUCCGCCGCCUACGGCGCUGUCCCUCUCCGCCGCAAGCCCAUUCCCACCCCAGGCGUCGCAGUCCGCCCCGCCUCGCACCACCAGCACCAGCUCCAGCCCCAGCCGCCCUACAACGACGCCCAAUUAAUGGGCCACUCGCGAACACGCACAACCAGCUCGGGUGUCUUUCCCAUGGGCUCGCCCACAACCGCCACCAUGAAUUCGCAAUACCCAUCCCAGUACCAGAGCAGCCUCCGCCGCACCCCGACCUCGUCGACCAGCUCCACCAACGGCACCCCCAACCGCUCCAAUAGCGGCGCCCUUCGCCGCUCCUCUUCCACACGCUCCGGCGGCAACUCGCCCACGUCGUACGUGGCCAUGAUGCGGAAGCAAAAGGCGACGGUCUGGUGCGAUCGCGCCCAGUACGAAGACCCCCGCAUGCUCGCCCAGCAGCGCCAGGCUAAGAUGCGAGCAAACAUGGAGGUGGCCGGCGGUCCGCACCACGCGCCGCCCCGGAGUGCCUCGGGAGGGUCUGGCGUGGCCGGCGGCGUGCGGUCCAAGAUUGGCCGUCACCAUGGCCUGCCAAAGGCGUCAUUGUACGCCCCAGUCACGUAUGCAGGAUCGGGCGUGCCCAUGCGGCUGAGUGCUUCGGAAGUGGACGAAGGCGACGACGAGGAAACAGGUUCCAUGCAAAACGGACAAUAUCACCACCGUACCGGCUCCGGCCGCAGCUCCCUGGGCUCAGGACGCCGCAUAUCCUACGCCAAUCCCACGGGCCGCAUAUCGUCCAACAGCACCCCACCGCAGAAUUCGUCUCCUGACGGUGAACUGGCCGAUCUCAAGGAAGAACCCACUCCCUCUCCGGCCGAGUACGACCCCAACGCACCCAGCGACAUGAGCUACUUCCACCACACAAAAACAAACGCCAGCACAGGCAGCGGAAGCAGCGGGGAACGCAACUUUGGCGACGUUGGCCAGAUGCCUGCACGCGAUCACCUCAAGGCGCCGACGGACAAGAAGGUCAGCAAAGACGAGCUCGUGCGAAGAGGAAGUGUGGACGAGAGGACCAUGACCAUGGGAACGCGGCUCUUUGUCGCCAACCCCGACCUCAGCGACUAG